UUUCAAGCGGCAAUCUUGACUUAUUACAAUUAUUGAAAUAAAAUAUUCAACUGUCUUUUGGCUACAAAUAGGCGGAACGAGGUAAAUUUUAACACAAUGUGACACGUUGGUACCUUUUUACUACGAAGACGAAAGCUAACGUAUGCUAGCUGCGACUUAGUGGAUGUUUGGUCUGGGAGGUUUGCUGCGAGUUGGAGCCUCUCUUUGUCGGUCGACGGGGUCUCUGGUAGAUUCAGCGAGAACCUUCUCCACUGGUACAAGCUGCCUCAUAAGGAUGCACGCCAUCCCCAAGCCGAAAGUGGUGGACAGAUGGAAUGAGAAAAGGAGCAUGUUUGGAGUAUAUGACAAUAUCGGAAUCCUAGGGGAUUUUAAAGUCCAUCCCAAAGACCUCUUCAUCGGCCCUUGCUGGCUGAAGGCGUUCAAAGGCAACGAGCUGCAGCGUAUCAUUCGGAAGAAGAAGAUGGUGGGAGACAGGAUGAUGACUCUUGAUCGGCACAACUUGGAAAAGAGGAUCAAAUUCCUCUACAGACGUUUUAACCGUACUGGAAAACAUCGCUAAGACAUGACAAAGGAAUCAGACCAGCUUGUGUUUGUUGUUUUGUCUUUUAGAAGUUAAAAACUAGUGUUGACAAGGA